CUCUCUCUCUCUCUCUCGCUCAUCGGCUCUGCUCAUGGCCGUGGUCAAUAGUGGUUCGUCCGGUUGCAGGACCGUGGUCAUGGCUGGUCAUUUUUGGGCGAGACGGCCAGCCCUGAGGCAGCAGAGGAGUUUAGCCUCGGUGAACCAGCGCAUGAGGGCAUCCAGCGCCGCGGGCCACGGGGGCAAAAACUCGGCGUGGAGCCAGCAGGAGCCUCCCAACUAUCUCUGGUCCAACCGUACGCUGAUCUACAGAGAUGUCAAGGCUUUUCUCAAAGAAAUUGGCGGAGAUCCACGGGAGGCUCGCUACUGGUUAACACACUUCCAGCGGGCCGGUUCAUUUCCAGCCUUCGCGGUUCUGGAGGUUGACACUUCGGUGUUUGAUAGCCAUGAGAUGGUUCAGAGUCUGGCCUUUGGGCUCUCGUUCUUGCAGCGGAUGGACAUGAAGCUUGUGGUGGUGAUGGGCUUGCCUCCUGAUUUGGAGGAAGAGGACGGCGCCAAAACCGAGACUAAAUCCUCCCUCGCCAGGACUACGAUGGUGAAACACUGUCAGGCUUUAACAGAAGCCCUUCAGCACAACUCAGCCAAUGUGAUGCCCUUCUUUAGCUCAGAGGCCCUCUUACAACUGCAGCACACUCAGGAUGAGAGCAGCAGUGGGCUCUCCGUUGUCGUGAACUCUGCUCUUCUGCAGUGGACUCUGGACUGCAGAGUGAUUCCUCUGGUCUGUCCGGUGGGCCGCGAUGCAUCGGGCCGCUCUUCUGUGCUCAGACCCAUCCAGGUCACAGCAGCCAUCUCGCAGUCACUGCAGCCUCUGAAAGUCAUAUUCCUGAACAGCUCAGGGGGCAUCCGCAACCAAAACCACAAGGUGUUGGGUUUGGUGUCAUUGCCGGGAGAUCUGUCAGGUCUGAAGGACGUGGAGCACAGACGCGUCAGUGCCAUAGCUCAGCUGCUCAACCUGCUUCCGGCGGAGAGCUCGGCUGUCCUCACCUCGGCCGACACGCUUCUCACUGAGCUCUUCAGCCACAAGGGCUCAGGCACCCUUUUCAAAAAUGGAGAUCCAAUUCACAGAUACAGUAGCCUGGAUGACAUUGAUACUGACCGUCUCUUGGCACUGAUCAACAAGUCUUUUGAGAAGAACCUGAGAGAGGAUUAUAUAGCUUCUCUCAAGGGUAGACUGCAUUCCAUUUACCUUUCUCAGGGGUACAGCGCAGCUGCUAUAAUCACCACAGAGCCUGUGAACAGCGGCACUCCGUACCUGGACAAAUUUGUGGUCAGCAGCAGUAAACAAGGCCAAGGAACCGGUCAGAUCUUGUGGGAGUGUAUUCGUCAGGACCUGGGCAAGCUCUUCUGGAGAUCCCGCGCUAACAACCGCAUCAAUCCCUGGUAUUUCAAGCACUGUGAUGGCAGUUUCGUAAAUGGUCACUGGAUUGUGUUCUGGCUCGGCCUUUCGGACAUCCGUGAGUCUUACGAGCUGGUGGAGUACACCAAGUGCCUUCCUGACUCCUUCUGCUCUCACAUCGCAACAGGAGCAACACCACUUCAGCAACCUCAAGGCUCAUGAAAACAACACUCGCCUCACACACUGCAUUCACUGGACACGGGCUUCAUAUCGUAACUGUGUCUUUAAGUACUAGUAACAAUGUCAAUUUCAUUCCAAACCUAUCAAACCUAUAAGACUAGGGUGGAACACACACACUGUGAGAAAGGUGUUUUGAGGUUUUGAGUCAUUGGCCAUGAUGGACCUCAUCUGUAUUUACAGUAUGAGUGGGAAAAAGAGAUUAAACAAAAUGAAAAAACAUUAAACUAAAUAUCUUCUUUUUUGUGUUACACUAUUUGACUAUUUGUUUUUAGUUGUAUCUCCUCUGGGAUUGCAGUAAAUUGGCCAAAAACGCCUAAACUGGCAUAUUUGCAGAAAUGUCUAAUAAGGUUCACAGUCCCUGUAGCUCUGAAUGGAAAAAGAAGUGGAGAAGGGACCCGUAACCUUGGAAACCAACAGGAAUGUCAUAUUUGGCUGCUUUUUUUUUUUUUUACAGACGUAUGCCAUUGUGUAUCAUUACAUUUCUCAAGUUUAGUAAACUGUCAUUAGCUGCAUUUUUAAUGUGCAUAUAUUUAUUUUUACUUUAUUAUCUAGCCUGUUAGUUUGCUUAGCAGCAAAUGGUAAACUGUCAAACUAGUUAUUGCCUAUAAACUCAUCAAAAACUCCUGUACCAUAUUUAAGGUCUUAUUUCUUUUGAAAUAUAAAUAUAUAUAUUAUUGUUUUAUUUAAUUUGUUCAGUGUGGACACAUGAAAUUGAUUCAAAUUGACAAAAUGUUUUUCAAAACAAAUUCUGAUUUCAAAGUAUGCUUUGAAAAGUAUUAUGGUUUCCGCAUAAAUAAAUAAAUAUAUACAAAAUUAAGCAGCAUGAACAAGAGCAGCAAAAUCAACAUGUUGUAAUGAUUUCUGAAGGAUCAUGUGAUACCUGAGAUUGGAGGAAUGGCUACUAAAAAUGUAGCUUUACAUCCCAGGAGUUAUUAAACACUUACUUAAAAUGUUUAUUUUAAUUUAUUUUUUCUGUCGACUAAUGCUGUUUUUCUGGUUAUGAAUGAAAGGUAAAACACGUUUGAAGUUUGUGAUGUACACUAAAUCCAAAAGAUGCCAGAUUCUCUUUCCAAAUGGUCAGUUUUAUCACACCACUAUGCCAGUGUUCUCAUAUCAACUCAUGUUUAUAUCUUCCUCUAAUAUGUUCUGUCCGCUUUAAUGCCAUUUUACUGGAAUAAGAGGAGUGGGUGGGAGACUGGAGGAGGAAAGAAUGCAAACCUUUGUCUACAGACAAUGAUGGUGGAAGAGAAAGAAAGCAGCUUGUCUUUCUGUCUGUCUCUCUCUCUGUAUUGUUGUGUCUGGAAGACGUCAGCAGAGGAGAGGAAUCUGAAGAGCGGGACACAUGGAAAAAGAGAAGGAUGAAGAAAGAGAUGUCUUUGUUUCAUCCCAUAAAUGUGUCCUGGUGAAAGGGCAGUGAGAGGAGUAACAGGGUCAGGAGGAGACUUUCUCUCUUUCACUGUCAUACUCACUCUCUUGCCCCGUCUUUCUUUUCUCCUUGAUGUGAUAUUGUUAUCAUCAUGCAUUAAUAUAGUUUGUUUGUUGUUAAAGGGAUAGUUGUUAAAAG